AAGAAAUGAGAAGUGGCGAUAUUUAAUUUGAGUCUCCUGAGUGUUGUGGUAGAGAGACAGUGUAAGCAACAGCAGCAGCAGCAAGUACACGGACGGUCUGGUCAUUACUCAUAGAUAGAUUGAUAGAGAAGAAGAUCAUGUCGAUGAUGAGUAUUGGAUCGGAAGAGGAGGAGGAGCUACGACGGCGAAAGUUAGAUGAAGCCCUUGAAGUCAAAUCUUUGCGCCGUAUUAUUAGCGCUUACCUCAACUAUCCAGAGGCUUCAGAGGAGGAUGUCAAAAGAUACGAGCUCUCUUUCCAAAAGCUUCCUCUUUCUCACAAGGCUUUGCUUUCUCACCUUCCUCAGAAAUUCCAACAAUUAAGAUGGUGUAUAUCUGAGAAUUCAGUAUUCAUAUUUCAGAUGCUUCAGGCUUUUGAUCCCCCACUUAAUAUGAGCCAAGACAUUGAUAUUUGUGAGCAUGAAAAGUUGAAGACUACUAAUAAGCAUUAUGGAGAAAAAGAUGCUCGUUCUUGUCAGUCAGAAGAAAAAUCACAUCACCAUAGCAUUGAUGAGGCUAAGUCUGUAGAUGAAAAGGAUGUAGCACGCAGGCUGCCAGAAGUGAAGGAGAAUAAGUUAAAUGUUACUGGGAUAAAUGGUGAAAGCCUUUCUGUGGAUGAUGCUGGAGGCAGUUGUGUUAAAAAUAUGCAACAGGUAGAAUUUUCGUCAUCCCCUGAUUGGCUAGAUCCAUCACUUCAGUCACAUGUUCCCAUGGUUGACGUGGAUAAGGUUCGAUGUAUUAUCAGGAAUAUAGUUAGAGACUGGGCACCAGAGGGGAAGAUUGAACGUGACCAAUGCUACAAACCCAUUCUUGAAGAGCUAGAAAGUCAAUUUCCUAAUCGAAGUGCAGGAAGUCCUCCUUCUUGCUUAGUACCUGGUGCUGGCCUUGGUAGGUUGGCUUUGGAAAUUUCAUGCCUUGGCUUUGUUUGCCAGGGAAAUGAAUUUUCCUAUUACAUGAUGAUUUGCUCAAGCUAUAUUCUUAACUAUACCCAGGUUGCUGGUGAGUGGACAAUAUAUCCUUGGAUUCAUAGCAAUUGCAAUGCACUUUCAGACAGGGAUCAACUUCGUCCAGUUUCUAUGCCAGAUAUACAUCCAGCAAGCGCAGGAAUCACGGAAGGGUUUUCUAUGUGUGGCGGUGACUUUGUUGAAGUAUAUAAGGAUCCAAGUCAAGCAGGAACUUGGGAUGCAGUUGUCACUUGCUUCUUCAUAGAUACAGCUCAUAACAUAGUUGAAUACAUUGAAAUCAUCUCCAAACUACUCAAAGAUGGGGGAGUCUGGAUAAAUUUGGGACCCCUACUUUAUCACUUUGCUGAUAUGUAUGGACAAGAAGAUGAAAUGUCUGUUGAACUAAGCCUGGAAGAAGUGAAGAGGGUUGCUUUCCAUUAUGGGUUUGAAUUGGAGAAAGAAAAGACGAUAGAAGCAACCUACACAACAAACCCACGUUCUAUGAUGCAAAACCGAUAUUUUGCUGCCUUUUGGACUAUGAGAAAGAAGGCAUCAAGAGUGGCGGUGGAAACUCAAGCCACUACAUGAACAGAGAUCGGACGAGUUAGAUGAGGGUGCAGCUUGUAGCAAAUUACAAUGUUGGUGUCCUUUUUAUUUGUUAGACAAUGGCUUAAUAAUGCAUUUUCCAGGUUUAAAUUAUAGGUAUCCUUCUUUCGAAGAAAAAGAAGAUACAGUAUUGAAAAACUGGCAUUGAUAAACAAAGGAGACCUUGUGGAUGUUCAUGAUAAGUGUGACUUUCUUUCAAUUUACUUGCCUGUAUGAUAUUUAUAAUAUAUAGUUUUUUUCAUGUUGA